AUGCUCGCCUCAACUCGCUGUCCUCAGUGGAGGGCAACCCGACAAUAUAUUCACCGACCGUCAUCCUCCCCCGUCGCAUCACGAAGCUAUUCUACCGCCGCCUCAACACCAAAACACCGGGUAUGGAUUCGCUUAACGGUGGUCACGUUGACAGCUGCCGCAAUUGGAGCCUAUUUCAGAUCACGACAGGACACGCUUGAUGCCAAUCUGAAUCCUUUGACAUUUUCACGCUACAAAUUGGCCUCGAGAGAGCAAGUCUCAUCAACGAAUAGUAUAUUCACAGUCGAACCGGCGGCGGCGGCGACAGAUAAUCGCGAGACGUACAACCUAGCAUGGCAGACGGGUGUGUGGAGUGUGAUGUUCAAGCAACCACAGCUGCAAAUCGGGCGAGAUUACACACCACUUCCGCCGGUUGAGAAUGCGAAUGAACAAGACACAAAGGACUCUUUGCGAUUCUUGAUUCGUCGGGAUCCGCAUGGAGAGGUGUCUCGGUAUCUACACAGUUUGCAACAGGGAGCCUAUAUUGAGAUGAGAGGUCCGCAGAUAGAGUGCGAAAUACCCCCGGAGGUAAAUGAUAUAUUGUUCAUCGCUGGUGGUACGGGUAUUGCGCCGGCUUUACAGGCUGCCUACAUCAUAUUCAGACGAACUGUGGAAGGAAGACGGCCUAAGAUUCAUAUCCUAUGGGCUAAUAGGAAACGAGAAGACUGCGCCGGGGGGAUUAGUGAUACGUCGAAUAUCAUACAACAGAAGUCAACACGGUGGUGGCCAUUCCACAAGGAAACAACCGCCAAACCCAGCCCAGCGCCAACAACUCAAGGCGCUAUAGUUCGUGAGCUGCAGGAUCUCAAAACCCGAUACCCUGGUCAGGUUUCAGUCGAUUACUUUGUCGACGAGGAAAACACAUUCAUUAGCACGAAAGAGAUCAAGGCGUACCUUGACUCGGUGCAGCCUUCACCUGAUACCAAGAAAAUGAUUAUCAUUUCGGGUCCAGAGGGAUUCAUAAAUUACAUGGCCGGUCCCAAGGUCUGGGCGCAUGGGUAUGAGCUACAAGGGCCGGUAAAGGGAAUCAUUCAGCAGAUUGGCGCCAAGGACUGGGAGAUUUGGAAGUUGCGCGUGACGCUGCACCGGCGCUCACUGCGCACUGCAAUCCAACUUCGACGAUCCUUCACAUCGUCUCGCUCCUCCCUCUCCCAGGAUGUUUUCCACACUCAAUUAGACAACCCCGAUGUCUCAGCCAUCUUAUCGUCAAUGAAAUCGAAGGAUUCCGUCCCGCAGACCCUGACCGAGAAAAUCGUACAGAAAUAUGCGGUCGGCCUAGCACCCGGAAAAUUCGUCAAGGCCGGUGACUACGUUACCAUCAGUCCUCACCGGUGCAUGACACACGACAAUUCAUGGCCCGUCGCGUUGAAAUUCAUGUCCAUAGGUGCUUCGAAACUACACGAUCCCAACCAGAUCGUUAUGACCCUAGAUCACGACGUGCAAAAUAAGACGGAGAAAAAUCUGCAAAAGUACCGACAAAUUGAAGAAUUUGCUCAGCGUCAUGGAGUUGAGUUUUAUCCUGCUGGAAGAGGUAUUGGACAUCAGAUUAUGGUUGAAGAGGGAUUUGCGUGGCCCGGAACUUUGGUUGUGGCGUCCGAUAGUCAUAGUAAUAUGUACGGGGGUGUUGGGUGUUUGGGAACGCCUAUUGUGCGGACCGACGGAGCUAGUAUUUGGGCUACUGGGAAGACGUGGUGGCAGGUUCCUAAUAUUGCGAGAGUGCAUUUCACUGGAGUCUUACCUGCUGGCGUUACUGGAAAAGAUGUAAUCGUCGCUCUGUGCCAUUUAUUUGGCAAAGACGACGUUCUCAACCACGCCAUUGAAUUCACAGGUUCCGAAGAAACGAUGCGCAGUCUCAGGGUAGACGACCGUCUUACAAUUGCAAACAUGACUACAGAAUGGGGUGCCUUGUCCGGCUUAUUCCCUAUCGACGACGUACUCAAGGGCUGGUUGCGAGGCAAAGCCACCACUGCUGCCAUGGGACUAGCGGACGGUCCUUACAAGACUCUUGCCGCGCAACGAUUCACCCAUGAGCGACUAGAAGAGCUGUUCGCGAACGCAUUGACAGCAGAUAAGGGUGCGAAAUACGCCAAGGAACUGUUUCUCGAUUUAUCUUCUUUGUCACCCUACGUGUCCGGCCCCAAUUCGGUCAAAGUCGCCACGCCGAUCAGCGAAUUAGAGGCGCAGAAUAUCAAGGUUAACAAGGCAUAUCUUGUUUCGUGCACCAACUCACGGGCCUCUGACAUUGCCGCUGCUGCUCGCGUGUUCAGAGAAGCCGCCGAAGCUAACGGGGGCAAAAUACCCAAGGUCGCAGACGGGGUCAAGUUCUACAUCGCCGCGGCGUCUUUACCUGAACAGCAAGCCGCUGAAGAUGCCGGGGAUUGGCAGGUUCUGUUAGAUGCUGGCGCCGAGGCUCUUCCCGCUGGUUGCGGACCUUGCAUUGGAUUAGGAACGGGUCUACUAGAGCCCGGUGAAGUGGGUAUUAGUGCGUCAAACCGUAACUUCAAAGGUCGUAUGGGUAGUACGGAUGCGAAAGCCUACUUGGGAAGUCCCGAAGUGGUGGCCGCCAGUGCCCUGUCUGGUAUUCUGAAGGGGCCUGGCUGGUAUGAGCAGCCGGAGGGAUGGACGGGUGUGAUUCGCGGCGAAGGGGAUGGUAUCAAGGAGGAAGACCGCACGCUUACCGCUGAAGAGGCGUUGGAAAAGGUCAUUGGCCAACUUGAUAAUCUCAUUGCAGACGGCGAACAACGAUUUGGUUUGUCGGAGCAAGAGGAAACGACAUCAGAAGAAAAGAAAGACGAUAGUGCUCUGACAGAAUUGUACCCUGGCUUCCCAGAACGUAUCUCGGGUGAAAUCGUGUUUUGUGACGCAGACAACAUCAACACCGACGGCAUAUAUCCGGGCAAAUACACAUACCAAGACAACGUGCCCGUUGAAACCAUGGCACAAGUAUGCAUGUCCAAUUACGACUCUUCAUUUUCCACCAUCGCCAAGGAAGGCGAUAUCCUCGUAUCCGGCUUCAACUUUGGCUGCGGCAGUUCUCGCGAACAGGCCGCGACGGCAAUCCUAGCCAAGAAGAUCCCGCUUGUAGUGUCUGGAAGCUUUGGAAAUAUCUUUUCACGCAACAGUAUUAAUAAUGCGCUUAUGGGAUUGGAAGUUCCCAGGCUGGUUGAGCGGUUACGGGAGAGUUUUGGCGAGGGCAACGUCCCUACGCGCCGGACAGGAUGGACUUUGACCUGGGACGUGCGCCGUAGUCAGAUCGAGGUUAGGGAGCAUGACGGCACGACCUGGACGCAUCGCGUGGGUGAAUUGCCUCCUAAUGUGCAGGAGAUUAUCGCCAAGGGGGGGUUGGAGAAUUGGGUGAAGAACGCGAUUGGUGUAUAA